GACAAAGCUCUUAUAUUUUUCGUAUAUAUAUCAGGAGUUACAAUUAUCAAAGCACCACAGUUGAAACAUUGAUAACCAAUACUUCUUGAUACCGAUAUGCAUUGCGUUAACAUGCUGGCCAUAUUUACAACAAUCCUCAUAGUUUCUUCUGCAUAUGGAGUGCAAUGGCCAUCAGGAAGCUACACACUAGUGAAACCGAAAACCGGAUGUCCUACAGGAUGGCAUGAAGGAUGGAGAAAACAAGAUAAUGAAGACAAAAACAAUAGUAACGAACUUCCAAGUGAACAUCAUUUCUACGGUACCUUUGGAUCGAACAUGAAGUUUUAUUAUUGUACCAAAGACCAACAAACACCAUCCGGAACUCAAAGUUGGCCAAAUGGAAAUUACUGUAUUCUAAGACAAGGGAUAUCGUGUCCACCAGGUUUCCAGACCGGUAGUAUCUAUUGGGAUGACGAAGAUAAGAAUAAUAGCAAUGACAAGGACGGGAUACUACCUAGUGGAGAAUUCGACAAAGAUACACUCAUUGACUACUGUUGCAGAUCUGAUGGAUCAUACAGCACUAAGAUUAUCCUUCCAACAGAAAAACCGUUCUAUUUGUUACGCGUCACAUCAUCACCAUGCCAACAGGUUAAAGGGAUGAUUGCUAGAGAGGAGAUCAUCAAAACUGAUGACGAGGACAAUAACAACAAAAACAGCAACAGUGGAAGUCACCCCCUGAAUGGUGGAACCAACAACAACAAGCUCUACUACUGCUAUUAUUACUGAUUCAUAGCGUGUAGCCUUGUAGUGUACCUAUUUAGAGUAUUUUAACUAGUUUUCGCUAUAUUUAGACAAAACACUCCAGAUACUGUCUUCCUGUUUCUUGUUCGUUUUGACUUUUUAUCUUCCACUAUGCAGUUCAACAAUUUCAGAAUGAUUCCUCAAUAUAAAUUUUCCUUAACUGUCGAGGAAUACGACUGAUCAAGUGAUCUUUAAUUUUCAAUAAUGAGAAGAAAAAAAUAACAAACUAAAGGUGUAAAAAUUAAACAUUAACAUUUAAACACGAAUAAGCUGUUUCGCAAUUGCCAGUUCCAUAUUAUGAAAUAUAUGUGUCGCAUUUAAAAAACGCUUUUUCUUUCUUUCUAAAUUCUGACUGACAUAACACAUAUAUAUAUAUAAUAAAAAAUUAAAGAGUUACAAUGUAU